AGGUUCGUAGAAGCCGAGCCAUAGGGUGAACUAAAGACGCGCGCCUCUUUACCUCGAGGGAAGGCUCGCCAGUCAGUCAAGCAGCUAGUCAGUCAGUCAACCAAUGAUCAAUGAGUCAUCUAUCAGUCAAUCAACUCAAUAUGAAGGACGUUCAAUAUCAUUGCGACUAUCUGCUAUUGGGGCUACAUGCUGUGGCUCUCGCUUUUGCGGAGGAGCUGCUUUCGCUGCAACCGGAUUUGGAAUUGCUUUUUGUCGAUGCUGAAGGGGGACACAACAGCGAAAAAGAUUCCAACCAUGAAAGAGACCACGACCAGUUACGAAGAGACGCAAGGAACCCACUCGGCGCUGGGGGACAUGCUUUGCUGUCCAACACGCGGUAUGUGGGUGAGGUACUACCAGAAGGAGUCCAGUGUCACCCGUCGAAAUCGUCUGGUUAUGACAACAGGGAUUACUUAGGUCAUUGUGACUAGGGAUUAGGUCAGGUUAUCAUGACUAAAGAUCUUAUGGUUUUACCAGGCUUCAUAAUGACUAGGGACUUCUGACCCAGUCGUCCCUAGAUCAUGAUGGCUAAUUACUGUGGCAAUUUGCGAUUUUGUUUUUAUUGGGAUGAAUAUGAGCAAGAUGGAGUGAGUCACUGAUUGGUACAAGGUAAGCGCACUUAGCAGCUGACGUUGAGGUUCGUGAUUUUUUUUCUAAGUAGAUCAACCGCAACAUUGGACCGAGACAGCUGAGCACAUCUCCUUUGCUGCCCCAUCCUACCACCUGCUUGAAACGCAAACAGGGCUAAGCAGCGGUAACGCUGGUGACCGUUUCGCAGUACAAAACAUUGUGAAAGUGCGCAUUCGCGUCGUCGUUGCACCAAAUUUCAGUAGAGCUUCGUCUUUCUCAUUUCUGGGAAAGAAGAUUCUAGAGAACAACCACUUUAUACCAAAAAGAACGAGCAGGACUACGCUGCAGUGUGACGCAGGACUCGAAGAACGAGCUAACGCGCUGUCCUUACAUGAGUUCAUCGAGGACUCAGGAGAGGAAGAGCAGCAGAGGGAGGAUGAGCAAACUAAAGACGAUGAGGUCGUGCCGAAACAAAACGAUUUUUCGAACUCCUUUGAUGAGGACAAAAAGCUGCUUGAGAGAGCAUCUUCAAGAGACGUGUUCUAUGAUUCGAAUGAUGUUGACGAAGACGAC